GCUGUGCAUGGUGUGCAUCCAUCAACUCUUUCAUUAUUGAUCGAUAUAUCAAACAUUGCAAUUAGAAAUACGGCAUCUGGGAGUGCUCACGGUCGUCAAAUCUCGGUGACCUCCUGCCGCAUUUGUCAUCGUAGCGCCUCGUAACUUCGUCAUCAUAACGAACCUCUUCACGGCACGCGACAUAUUCCCAACGACGCGCCUUGGGGUUGCCAAUUGAUAUCCUUUCCUCUUCAUUUGGCUGUCCACGAUGCCACUGUCGCGGGACCAAUACUAUCGGAGCGUCCGAGAGCGGACUCCUCUCCUCCGCCGCAUCACCGAGAUUGCUGAAGAGCCUACAGCUGUAAUUCGCGGUUCCAUCUCGAGUGCAAUUGAGGGCCUUCGACAUGAUGAAGAAGCACCAAUCUCGAAGACUCGAGGGGGCUUUAUCAUAGGAUCUAUUGGACUGCUCAUCUUUCUACAAGCUACAAACAUUUCGAUCUUGACUACGACGCAAUCCGCAAUUGCUGCAGACCUAGAUGCAUUUGAUAGAGUAACAUGGCUUACUUCGUCCUACCUGAUCGCAAUGUCGUCUCUUGCGCCCUUAAUGGGGCGUUUGUCGCAGAUCUUUAGCCCGAGACUUUGCAUGUUCUUCUCGACUGUCUUAAUUGCUGUGGGAACACUCAUCGUCGCUACAUCGAAUACGUUCGAGAUGUUCAUCAUCGGCCGUGUCAUCUCCGGAGCAGGUGCCAGUGGUAUUUUCAUUGUUGCUAGCAUCAUCACCAUCCAAAUGACUAGUCCAGAGCGCCGUGGACUAUUCAUUGGGCUCGGCAACACGGGCAUGACUGCAGGUGUAUCUCUUGGGGCUGUUAUUGCAGGAGCGCUGGAAUCUAAAAUUGGAUGGAAACCACUGUUUGGAGCCCAGUCUCCGCUUUGUUUUCUCGCUGGCAUGGGACUUCUUUUGGCAAUUCCAGAGAACUAUACCUCGAAGGGUAAUUCUUACGUCCAGCUCUCCUUGAGACAGAAACUUGCGCGGAUCGACUACUCUGGGGCCUUACUACUGAUCGGCACCAUCGUUCUGUUCCUCCUUGGUCUCUCUGGCCCGAAGAUUCUUCCACAGCCGCUCAUUCUCUCUGCACUCGCACUUCCCUUGUUUGUCCUUAAUGAGGCAUACAUCGCGAAGGACCCGGUCAUUCCUGUUACAGUGAUGAAAUCGCGUGGAACGCUUCUUACGUGUCUAGCCACUGUAGGCUCUAUGAUGGCGAGAUGGGCAGUUCUCUUUUACACGCCUGUGUUUGCUCUCGCCGUCCGUAGUUGGGCUCCUGCCGCUGCUGGAUCGAUCCUUAUUCCUACCAACACUGGCUUCGCGGCUGGUGGUAUCCUUGCUGGGGUGUUUCAUAUCAAACGCGAAGGAAGCUUCUAUGCGCACGGCGUCAUCUCCAUGGCACUGUGGCCCCUCACCAUGGUCGCUAUCGCUCUCAUCUCUACACCAACGAGCUCUAUGGCAUUGUACAUGCUCCUGGUGUUUCUCAACGGCCUCGUUACCGGGGCUGCGCUCAACUACACUCUUGUGCACCUCUUGCACUUGACGCUGCCCGAGCUUCAUCCGAUUACCAUAUCCCUUCUCGCAACGUUCCGUGGCUUUGCUGGUAGCUUUGGCUCAGCGAUUGGAGGCGGGCUCUUCGGGCGUGUUUUGCAUCGUUCGCUCGUGGAUGGCUUCGAGGAUGCAGGAUUGAAACACCGUGGUGAACUGGUGAGAAAGUUACAAGGCAGCCCUGCUCUUGUGGGUCAGCUUGAAGGCGUCGAGAAGACAAUUGCUGUUGGUGCGUAUCAAGACGCCAUCAAGGCCCUUUUCUACGCCGCCACAGGACUGGCUAUUGUCGUGACGCUAGUCCAAGCUUGCACGGGAUGGAAUUCGCCGGUGCCAAAGACCGAGCUGGAUCCUGAGGAGACUAUCGCUGGCGAGGAGGGAAUUGUCGGGGGAUCUUGAGCAACAGCUGCAUGCAAAAGAGGUGCAAAUUGAUACUCUCACAACAAGCAACUCUCACAACAAGCACAAUUGUGUAUCACUCAUAUACCCUGCAUACGCCUGCCAGGUCCCCAAGGUCUCAUAAUCCAUAUUUCGCGGACAGCACAACGUCUUUUGCGCCCCAGAACCCAUUAAUAGUCUGCAGAGUUACACCGUCGUGCAGGUAGCCGUGAGCUUGACCGUUUUCUUGUCUCUACCCGGGGCCGGGCCAAUCAGUGUCGAUUGUCUUUC